AUGAAGUUGAGUAAAAUGAAUGAGGAUGAAGCAGCUCUUAUAUUCGAGGAAAGGUAACCACUAAAUAUUCUAUCAAGAGAAAGAAAAAACUUAUAGGAAAUUUAAUUGAUCAAUAUACAAAAGUCCAAAAAUAACAGUAACAAUCAAAAUAUAAUAUCCUAUCAAAAAAUGAACAACCCAAAUUACACUAAAAGCUCAGUCCAUCAAAUUAAUGUAUGGGAGAGACUUCUAAAGAAAUACAAUUAAAAAAAAUAGUUAAGAGUUCAUUGUUAAAGGACAUUGGUAAUAUUGAUAUGGAAAUAUAAAAAAUGACCAAUGAUCAUAACACUAAUAGAACUAAACCACUAUAUUUAGAUAAAUAAUAUUCCAAUUCUAAAAUAUUGACCAAAACAAUAAAUUAAACGGAAUUAUCCAAAUCUGAAUAGAAGACUUCAAUUUAGAAUAGGAAUUAAAGCUAUUAUACAAAUAGAUAAAAAUCUAAUAAAAUCAAUAAGGUAGCUGAAAAUUCUUAUUCUAAACUUGCUGAAUCUAUUCGUAAUUAUUCUAAUCAAAAAAAGAAUGAAGAACCAAAAACUAACGAUUAAUCUAAACCCUAUGAUUUUCUAUAAAUUAACACUUAAUCAGAAAAAAAAAUUGUUAAAAAUAAAACAAAAUCAGUUAAUAUUGAAGCUAAUGUUAUAAAGUCAAUCAAGGUGAUUUCUAGUGAACGUAAAAUACCCAAACCUCCUUUAAAAUAACUAUCUUAAAAGAGAAAUUCAGAGAGUGAAAAGACUUCCCCUGUCAAAACUAUUUUAAAAUAAACCUCUAAUCAUACAUAUGAUCUGAGUUCUACCAAAGCUAAUACGACACAAUAAGUAAAAUUUAAUAUUUGAUUUUUAGUUUUAUUCAAAUAAUCAAUUUAAUAGAAGUCAAAAUAAUAGUAGUAUUGGGGAUUAUAAGAUUUUAGAAGCUGUCAAUAUCUAUAAAACACUUAAAUAAUUAGUGGAUUCUAAAGAAUUAAUCCCUAAAAAACAUUCUACAACUUUACUUUAAUAAAAAACAUCAACUCUAUUGGUAAUUAUUUAUUUCUUAUAUUAUUUAUAGUCUCAUAAGAAUGUAAAAUAAUAAUGA